AUAAGCCCCCUUAUGCCCCUCCCAUUCCCUGCAUUCGCAUUUGUGUGCUUCUCAUUCCUCUUUAAAUUCCUUACAUUCUGCUAGAGGUUCCCAUCCCUUAAAGUUCCUGUAAUUCUCAAUCGCUCCAUGGCAGCGAAGAAAAUAGUGCUCAAAUUGGCCAUUGAGGACGAGAGCAGCAAGAAAAAGGCCCUCAAGCAGGUUGCAGGUGUCCAUGGGGUGGAUUCUGUGGCUGUGGACAUGAAGGAAAACAAGAUCACCGUGAUAGGGGAUGUAGAUCCCGUCUGUUUGGCCUCUAAACUCAGAAAAUUUGGUUUCACUGAUUUGCUGAGCGUCGGACCUGCGAAAGAGGAGAAGAAGGAGGGUGAGAAGAAAGAGCAGAAGAAACCUCAAGGCGAUGCAAAGAAGGAGAACAAAACAGAACCUCCAAAAGUUGAAGUUGUGUAUGUGCCCAUGAGCUACAAUUACAGACCAUAUGAAUACACUAUUGUGAGAGAUGAAUAUCGUAAUUCUUGCGUGAUCUGUUGAGUGUGCUUAUAAGUAGCCACUGUUUGUAAACUACGGCGAUUUUAUUUGAGUGCCAACCCUAGCCAGCUCCAGAGCAGAGCAGGGCAGGACAGGGAAUGAAAUAGGGUUUAUAAGUUUCGGGGCAACCUGGAUUUGUACCGAAAUGCGAAUGAAUUUUUUUAUUUUCCUUUUGCUAUGGCUUGUGUUAAAUUUAUCAAAAGGGCUGUGAGAAAAUUAAUUUCUUGGAAUGUAAUAAUGAGGAGACUCUAAUAUUAUAUCCGAACAGUUUUUACA